AUGCGUUUCCUCUUCUCCUUGUUGGCGUUUAUGAUGUUGGUGGCGAUAGUUUCAUCCAAUGAGGACUACUACAAACUUCUUGGUAUUGAGAAGGAUGCUGAUGAUCGAACUAUACGGAAAGCUUUCAAGAAGCUCGCCAUCCAGAAACAUCCUGAUAAGAAUAAGGAUAAUCCUAAUGCUCAUGCGGAAUUUGUGAAGAUCAACAAAGCAUAUGAAGUUUUGAAAGACGAGGAAAUGCGCAAAAAAUAUGAUCAAUACGGUGAGAAAGGUCUAGAAGAUGGUUUCCAAGGUGGAAAUAACUAUCAAUCAUGGCAGUUCUACAACGAGAACUUUGGUAUAUAUGACGACGAUGCGGAGAUCGUUACGUUGAACCGAGUCGACUUCACUCAUUUUGUGUCGCAGUCAAAUGAGUUGUGGUUCAUCAACUUCUAUUCCACCUACUGCUCCCACUGUCAUCAGCUGGCUCCCACGUGGAGGAAAUUUGCCAGAGAGAUGGAGGGAGCCAUUCGUAUUGGUGCCGUUAAUUGCGCCGAAGAUCCAGGAUUGUGCCAGUCGCAGCGAGUUUACGCCUAUCCGUCACUUGUUCUGUAUCCAUCGGGCGAACUCUACAGAGGUGCUCGUGAAGUCGAGUCUUUACAGGAGUUCGUUCUUCAGAGAGUAAUGACCGAGGGGAACGUUCUUUGCUCCGUUUGCAGAAAGAAACUGGCUGUAAUGCUUGACGGACUCGUCAAUGUGGGGAGUAUAAACUGCCAUACAGAGGUAUCCUUGUGUGAUUCUCUGAAUGUCUCGAAAGGAGUUCGGUACUACCCACAUGGGAAAGUGGAGAAGCAGUACGAGAAACCGUUGAACUCUCUGGAUCCAAAGGAACUUGCAGAAGAAGUGUUAUUCUAUCUCGACGACCUUGUGGAGAUUGAAAAGGAGGAACUUUAUCAAUUGCUUAGUAAUAAUUCAGAUACACUGAAAGAGAGAAAAGACUACAAGAAAUUGUCACCAUUGCUGCUCGAUGUUAAGAUUUUGUUCGCCGACUGUUCGAAGUUUAUGGAUCUGUGUCGCUCAGUUCUGGAUGUAGCUAAGCUUCCACAAUUCGUGUCAUUCAAAACAACUGGAGGUUACGAAAUCGACUACGUGAAUAAACCGUCCUACCACGAUGUGAGCGUGUUCAUCAAGGAUUCACAGGCGUCGCCACUGCACGUACUCGACGAGGUCACCUACCAACAGGCGCUAAAUAGCGGCCAAUUAUGGGUCAUAGACUACUUUGCGCCGUGGUGUCCUCCAUGUUUGAGGCUCAUCUCGGAAUAUCGUCGUUUGCACUCAAUUAUCGAUCCAGCCGACGUAGUCACUUCAAAAAUUCGUAUCGGCUUAGUCGAUUGCCAGAAAUACAGUCAUAUUUGCCAAAAUGCUGGUGUUCAGAGGUCGGUUCCAGUUCCAUUAUUUGCGUUUAUUUUGGCAAAUGCUCUCAAUCCGGCCGUUGAAGAGCUGACGCCGAGCACCUUCGUUGAAUUGGUCGAGCGUCGUGAAGGUGACACGACGUGGAUAGUGGACUUCUUCGCUCCAUGGUGUGGGCCGUGUCAACAGCUGGCUCCAGAAUUGCAACGGGCCGCACGAGCAUUACGGCAGUUCAACGAACGGAUACACGUUGGUUCCAUCGAUUGCCAAGAAUAUGACGCUUUCUGCAAACAGAUUUCGAUUCCCUAUUAUCCAUCUAUUCGGCUUUAUCCAGCACCUACAAGUAAUAUUUGGCAAGAGAAAAGGAAGUGGGAUUCCGGAGAGAGUUAUUUUAGUGAGUAUCCGCAGAAUAUGUGGAGAAAUGCAGACUCAAUAGAACGAUGGGUAUACGGUAUGUUGCCGUCGAUGGUCACCUCACUUGGGAACGACUUUUGGACCACGGUUUUGGAUUCGAAUGAACCAUGGAUGGUGGACUUCUUUGCGCCAUGGUGUGGACACUGUGUUCAUUUCUCGCCGGUUUAUGAGCAUAUAGCAAAGGCGCUUGACGGCAAAGUGAAACUAGCGAAAGUGGAUUGCGAUCAGUGGCCAGGAGUUUGCCAAGGAGCUCAGAUCCAUUCUUAUCCGACUGUACGUUUCUAUAAGGGACGACAACAUAACGGAAAGAGACAAGACAUCUGGGGUUUACAGCUGGAUACGCAAGACAAAAAUGCAAUAGUACGAAUAGUCUUGGAACAUUUAGGACAUUCAAGAAAUCACGACGAAUUGUAG